UCAUCUGGUGUGUUUAUGAGUAUCGAACACAUUGUCAUUUCUUUGAAUGUCGUAAUACAGCAGACACAAACAAACACCUAUCUGUAUCUUGAGUAUCCUUUCCUUAUUGCUGAAAGUAAAGUUGAAGUUUUCUACGUGCAGUGUGUGCUGGCCGACACAGAGUCACAGACACAUGCAGUUGGAGGUCAGACACCGACGUGUGCGGGUGUGCAGGCAUCAGUAGUAGCGGUUGAUCGUGAUCGCGGUGUGUUCGCAACCAGCAAAGCUCUCAGAUACCAGCGCGCUAUGGCGGUAGACUCAUCCUUCAUUUGGCUUCGGCCAGCCACUGAAAUGGAGGAAUUAUUGGACUGUGCUAACAAGAAAGGACUUUUCGUCACCGUGUAUGGGCUGACACUUCGCUCCAGUGUGCCUCUCACCGACAGUCAUAUCGAGGAAACGCUUCGUCACACCUUCAGGAAAGUGCCCAGUCUGAGGACGUGCUUCAGGAAGCGUGGAGACACCCUGUGGGCGUGUGACAUGAAUCGCGAGCGGCUCGAUUUUCAGGUGACUGACACUCGGGAGUUGGUUUCUGCCGCAGAAGCGUUGUUACACUAUCACUUUCCAACCACCGAGGGUCCCUUGUGGUGUGCGCGCCUCCUUUCUGCCGGCGCCCCUGGUCGCUGUUCCCGGCCGGAUCUAGCAGCUACCUUUCCCCACACCCGCACUCUGCUGCUGGCUAACCAUCAUGGCAUUGCUGACGGCACAACAAAUAUGUUUGUGACUAACGUAUUCCUCCAAGUGCUGGACGACGUGCUCGCUGGCAAACCUGUCGACGACACAGUUCAGCUUGGUAAAGUGGUUGCCGGGGAAGAGACCAAAGCUUUACUGACAGCGAAAAUAGAAGAACUGACGAAGGACGAAGACCGCUUCAAGCAGCUGCAAGAUGACAUAAUAAAGGCACAACAAGCUGAGAAACUUAUUCCACGUACUUAUCCCAUGCCCAGAGAUCCUAAUUUCAAGUGUCAGAUAGUUCUGCGGGAUCUGGACAAGGACAGCACAAUGACCUUCAUCAGGAAGUGCAAGCAGGAGGGCGUCACGGUGAACAGUGGGCUGGCAUCGGUGUUUAACGUGAGCCUCGUCGAUUUCGUGCGGGAAGGAGGUUUGCAGCAAGACUUUUACCGUAUCCGGGAACUGCAUACAGUUAGCCUGAGACGCAACUGGUCAGGGGACACCUCGGGGACCUUGGGUGUUCACAUGAUGGCACUCGAGAACAACAUUUCAACGCCAGCCAGGUGGCGGGACAAUUUUUGGGAGUACGCCAGAGGUAUGCAUAAAAGCCUCAGUCAAGCCAUUCAUGGAAACGACGCAUUGAUGUACGUGGUGUCAAUGUCGUUGGAAGGCAGCACAGAGGAUCACUUCAAAGAGCGGCCAAUGCCAGAGUGUGACUACGGGUCAGCCAAUAUGGGGAACGCAGACCGCCUCAUCCCAACAGAAGGUCAGCACGUGCGGUUGGCACAUCUUCUCAGGGCCACCUCAUGCUGGAACGAUCCCAUGUACUACUUGUUCCACACCCUACAUGGCUGCUUCAUGUUCGGCUUAACCUACGCCAGUGACAUUCUCUCGCGGGAAAACGCCCAGAAGCUGGUGGACAAGAUCUUUGACAACCUGUUGGCCGUGACGCAGAUGUAAGCAAAACAAGAAAUUAGUGGCAUAAGACGAGCCUGGCCGUUGUUAGAUGUUGUGUCCUGUAACCAUUACAAUUAUUGUUCUGACCAAAAGAUGAACCAAGAGAGCAUCGAGCAUCACCAUCGUUAUGUACCAGACCAAACAGAAAAAAAAGGAAUUUUCUAUAACAAAUUCAAAUUGUUGUUCAUAGUCAAUGAAUUGCUACAGAUUUUUUUUUCUUGCCAUUAUGAUUGUUUUCCCUAUCUAGGAGCAAAGUAAUUCCACUCUCCUUAUUUUCUAGCUGCUAUGGAUGGCUGACUUGUUUUCUCACUUAAUUCUUCCAUUAAGAACAAUUGCUCCUUAAAAUAAUUGACUUAUGGAGGAGCGUGAUGGAGUGUAGCCUAUAUAUACUUCUUUGUAUAACAAAUCACAUUUACCACAGUGACCAUUACCAGCCGUGAUCCAUUACUGCUCUGGUUAGCAUUAAUAUAAAAAAAUAAAUAAAUAAAUAGAUAAAUAAAA